UAAAAUUGCAGUGGGAAAUUUAUUGAUCAGUGAGUGAUAGGAUAAUAUUCUAUUCUACUUGACAAUUGUGGCUCAGCAAAUUAAAGUUUGCUAUCGGAACCUCCUUUUGGAAACUGAAAACAGCAGGCAUUCUUGAAGGCUUCAAUAAUUGCGAUUAUUUGUCAUUCAUCGCCUCUUGAAUUUUGUUUGGCAAUGACGUCAGCAAUGCCGUCGGCUAGUGACGUGAUCAACUGGAUCGGGGCUAAUCAAAAAAUGUGUUCACGAGUGGAGUCUACACUCCGCCUUCUAUCGUACUUUUUAGCCCGCAAGCAGUUCGCCGGCGCUCGUCCUAUAUCAGAGCUAAUGUAUUCGGCUUCUAGUUUGAUCAACAAUCUUCUCUCCCAAAUUUCAAACCCACAUGCCUUGUAUAAAUCUUUAUACAACAACAGACUGUUCAAGUCGCUUAAGAUGGCGCUGUCUGCUCUGGAGUGUUUUGAGGUGUUCUUCGAAGUGAGCGUCUCGGAGGCUGUUUCGGGUGACAAUCUCAGAUGGACUUUCAUUGCAGUCAUAGAGGCUGUCAAGUUUGCAAUCGGAUUGUUCCUACUAUUGGAGCCAAAACUGUACCCAAGAAUCAAAUGUGGAUCGAAUCAGGAUUUCAAUUCUGACGGAGACGAGAGACCAGAAACUGUUGCUGACGAUCAUUCCCAGAGAAGCGAACAUGAGAUUCUGACUAUGCCCAGAUCCAAAAUCAGAAUACGCACCAUAGCUGGAGCGGCAAAAGAGAAAACCAGAACCUGGAAAUUAAAUGUUGACCAGAAACAUCCUAUGGAACGGAAAACCAAAAAGUUAUCAACAAGUCCGGGCGAUGAGCCAGCUUUGAACACGUAUCAGUACGCGGCCGAAGCCCUUUACCUGUCUCGUCCAAUCAUGUUUCUAGCGUCUCGCUACAUAUCUGGAGGUGACUCAUACAAACCGUGGUUUGUCUCAUUUGUCACCGAAAUGUCAAGCCUGAUUCUGCAUGACUUUGGGCUGCAUGUGCGGAAGGAGACUUGUGGUCAGCUGGCGUCCGAGGGAGAGAGGAAGGAACUGAAGAGAAGAACAACCCUCAUGCUACUCUACAUGCUGAGGUCUCCCUUCUACGAAAACAUAUGCGAACAGAACUUGACUGCCGCCUUUCUGGUCAUCACUUCUUGUAUUCCUGGUAGCUACAUCAUUCUGAAACCUCUGAUGGAUUAUCUGCCGCAGUGGCAGAAGGCGUAUUUCAAUGUAUGGGGCAGAUAGCAAGUCUGCAGAUAUCCAGCAGCUGUCAAUUUCAGUGGCCUAAAUUUUUCAUUUGUGACUUGAUGAAAUUUUUAAAAGAAUUGUCUAAUAUGAUGUAGCUUUGAAAGAAAAUUUUUU